AUGUCAUUUCGCACGCAAAGACACCUUCGAGCUGAUGCCACUCAUGCCUGUCGUCUUUGCCGUCCAGAGCUCCGCAACUGUCGGACAGGUGUAUCCGAUGCUGCAGUACAUGGUCUCGUCGCUGGAUACACCACCCAAGAACAAAUCCCGCUAGACCCAACUCCCUAUCAGGAGCUUGCCAUUAACCAAACGACGACAUCAUUCCUUCAUGAUGGCAUUGCUAAUCGUCUGAACGCCGAAAGCAAAUGGGAAUUUGCGUGGGCUAUAGGGUGGACGAACUGCUCUACAUCACACGAUGGUACCGAUUUAGACGGGUCAAAUACAGUCGAUGACUACGAGGGCUUCCACAGAAGAACAUACUGGUUCUACCACGCAUUAACGUUUACUGCUACUAAAGGGGGCCGUCAGUCCAACCUUACCGAACUCAGUAUUGGCGACGACUGCAGCACACAUCCAGGCUCUUGCCUUCAACGUUACGAAGACUUUGGAUGUCCCUGGAGCCCUGGGCGGUGA